UCUGCUGGGGCUUUUAGGAGUGAGCUGCGAAGUAACCAAGCUAGUAGAUAAGAUGUGCAUUGAGAUCAUUGCUAACAGAAGUUACAGUUGUGAAGAUUUAGGACUGAGGCAGAUUCCAGAAUACCUGCCUUUCACUACAGAAAUCCUUGAUUUCAGCUUUAACUCCCUUUAUGCCCUUCAAUCAUCAACUUUCAGCAAGCUAGAGGAUCUGAUAUCUUUAGACCUAACGAGGUGUCAGAUUAAUUGGAUCUAUGGAGGCGCCUUUCAUAACAACUCUUACUUGGAGACUAUUGUGUUGACUGGAAACCUUCUUCUGUUUUUGGCAGAUGAUGCGUUCACUGGACCGAAUUGUUUGAAACAUCUUGAUCUAACUCAAACAGGACUCACUAGUUUAGCAUUUAUCCCAAUGCAAGACAUUGGCAACUUGGAGACCCUGCUAUUGGGAAGCAACCAUAUCCAAUCGUUAGAACUCCCACUAGACUUUCCCACUAGGAAUAUCAAGUACUUGGAUUUUCAGAUGAACAACAUACAAAAAAUAUCGGCUAAAGAUAUAGCAGUACUAAAGAAAACUAGCAAUCUAACUUUAAUUCUUAAAGGGAAUAAUAUUGAACACAUUGAAAGCAGAGCUUUCAGUUCUAUGGUUUUCUACAAUUUGGAUUUUGGUGGUUGGGCUAAUCUUUCAGUGAUCUUGGAAGGAUUGCAAGGUGCCAAAACAGUUGUUCUUUGGCUGGGGAGUUUUGAUGACUGGGGCCAUAGAAGAGACAUCAGUGCCCCUAUGCUGCAAAGCAUCUGCAACAUCUCUGCAGAUUAUCUCAAUCUGCAGUAUCACCAUCUUCGUCCAAUUUCAGUUGAUACAUUUCAGUGUUUGACUAGACUCCAAAAGUUAGACUUGACCUGCACUUCCCUUGAAAUGUUGCCUCCUCAUAUUGUUCAGAUGAAUAUGCUGAAGGAAUUAAAUCUCAAUAUGAAUGAUUUCACGCACCUCUGUGACAUCAGUUCUGCUGCUUUCCCAAACUUGACCCACCUCUUCAUGAGGGAAAAUUCGGAGAAGCUGAAUCUGGGCUCUGGAUGCUUAGGGACACUGUCAAUGCUUCAGCAUCUGGACCUGAGCAACAGUCAGGUAGAAGGGUCAAACUGCUGUACCCAGGAACUCCAUGGUUUGAGCAGCUUGCAACACCUCAACCUGAGCUACAAUGGCCAGCUUCUGUUGCAUGACAUGGCCUUCAAAGAGUGUGCUAAUCUGGUGAUCCUAGAUCUCACUUCCCAUAUUGUCAUUACUAAUUGUCCUCAAAGGUGACCCUUCCGCAACCUGCAUCUUCUGCAGUCCCUGAACCUUUCAUACUGUCAGAUUGGCUCAAGCAUCCAGCACAUCUUGCAAGGUCUAGAGAGCCUUGUUGUUCUGAAUCUGCAUGGGAAUAACUUUGGUACAAUGCUGAAUGACAACGUCUUUCACCAGACACCCAAUUUAGAGGUAUUAAUUUUAUCGUCCUGUAAAUUGCUAGCUAUACAGACCAAAGCAUUUUAUGCCCUCAGGAAGCUAAGACAUGUGGAACUGAGCCACAAUAACCUUAUUGCAUUCAGUUCAGAUGCCUUUUUCAAUCACAGGAGCAUUUAUCUCAAUUUUGCCAAUAAUAAGAUCCGCAUUAUCCCACGUGAUAUGUUGACUAGUCUAUCUGGCAAGAGCAUAAUCAAUUUAAGUUAUAACCCUCUGGAAUGCACCUGUUCCAAUAUUGGAUUAUUAACUUGGUACAAACAAAACAUAGAUAAAAUUGAGGACUCUGAAAAGACUGUGUGCUCUCAACCCAAACCACUGGAGGGUGUUCAGCUCUUUUCUGUAAAUCUGUUCUGUGGACAUCACACUGCACAAAUAUUACUGAUUACCUUAGUUGUGAUCAUUGUAAUUGCAGCAUCCUUCAUUCUGAUCACACGUUUUUUAAAAAGAAGGUACCAACAAAUUUGAAGCAAACGUGCACAAUAGAGUUCAUUUCAGAGAAAAAAAUGACUACAGAGAGAGCAGCUUAUAAGGAAUGUUUUGUUUCUUCCUCUCUUGAAAGUCAUUUAAGUCAGCUCUGGUAUUAGUGUGGUAACAAAAGUGAUUACAAUAGAAAAGAAAGGCAGAUUCAGCCUUGCAUCUGCUAAAUAGAAUUAAUAGAAUUGUACAGAAAUCCAUUCUCUUCUCUGAGUGGUACAGUAGGAAGCUCCAGUGACCACAGAAGUUGUGGAACAGUCCCACUGUCAGUUGGUCAUGUGUGUGGCAGACAACUACACAGGCAAAUAGUAACUUACCCUUGAAAAUGGGAGAGAAAAUGAGGAUGAUCAUUUUUGCCCAUUGGUUAUUCUAGCUCUAACUAUGAAUAUUCUGUUGCCUGUGAGCAUCAUUUUGUCAUGUUUACGGGUCUCUCAUGAAUUGAGAACCCAAUGUAGUACAGUGGUUAGAGCACGGGCCUAGGAGUAGGGAGACCUAGAUUUCAAUUCCUAGUCACCAAUAAAGUUCAAGAGGUAAACUUCGGAGGAGUCACCAUCUUUCUCUGAGCUUAAUCUAUCCUACCAGAGGAUAAAAUUGAUAUGUAUAUCAUCAUAAUCAAGUGGCAGUUUAUAAGCACAAGAUUUUCCGUCACCUGCUCAUUCUCCACCCAGGCAAUCCACAAGUUUGCCUAUUCCUUCCAGUGGUCUUGCACUGAAAAUGUCCCAUUUAUAAUUUUAUUAAAAACAGGUUACCAAACACUUAUGUGUUCACACAAACGUUAGGGGUAAAAAAAAAACACUAUUACAUUCUCCCCUUCCCCCCCCCCCCAGUUUAUAAUGUCUUACUGUUUUUCUGUUAUUAAUUUUACAUAAGUAAAAGAUUAUUACCCAAGUACCCUGGUAUAAUCUUCUCAACUGUAUAAGUUCAUUGUAAGCAACUCUUAUUUGUAUAUUGUGUAUAAACUGUAAGCUCUUUUGUUAUUUCAAUUUCAAAGUUAUUUCAAUUUCAGUCACCCCCUCCAAUUUUAAAAAUUCCAAUAUAUUAAGAUUCCAAAAUAAAUGUGUAGAUAAUCCAAACUUAAAUGCUUCACUUAUUUUACCUGGAAAAAUCACCUGUGUUUCAUUGUGCUCCCUGACCACAUGUUUUGUACUUUUAUUAAAGGGUCACAUCUAUACAUGAGCAGAAAGGAAAACAUAUUGAGCAAAACA